AUGCAUAAAUUUAAGUUGUCUAAAGGGAAAAAAGGGUUUGUCGCUUGGAAAAUAGACCUCUCUAAGGCUUAUGACAGGUUGAGUUGGCAUUUUGUUGAGUAUGUGCUUCUUGAAUUAAGGCUGCCUGCUCCGUUUGUUAAGUUGAUAAUGCACUGUGUUCAAUCUGUGAGAUAUCAGAUUAAUGUGAAUGGGGAAUUGACUGCUUCUUUUAGUCCAAUGAAUGGUAUUAGACAGGGAGAUCCCUUAUCUCCCUAUCUUUUUGUUCUAUGUAUUGAAAAACUCUCUCAUAUUAUUUGUGAUGUUGUUGAUAAGAAGAAGUGGCGGCCUGUGAAAUCUUCUCAGUCUGGCCCUGCGAUCUCCCACCUCUUUUUUGCUGAUGAUCUGGUGUUGUUUGCAGAGGCUAGUGCUAGCCAAGCUAAAAUUAUGAAGAGUUGUCUGGAUCUGUUUUGCUCUGCUUCUGGACAAGUAGUCAAUUUUGAAAAGUCUGCUGUUUUCUGCUCUCCUAACACUUGUAAAGAGGUUGCUAAGGAGAUAAGUUUGAUUUGUGGCUCUCCUCUUACUAAUGACCUUGGUAAGUAUCUAGGAAUGCCUCUUUUGCAUUCUAGAAUCGGAAAACGCACUUAUAGUUCUUUAGUUGAUAAGGUGCAUAAACGCUUGGCAGCUUGGAAGAGUAAGCUUCUUUCUUUAGCUGGAAGAGCCACUUUAAUUCAAGCAGUUACAGCUUCUAUCCCUAUUUAUGCUAUGCAAACUACCAAACUACCUGUUAGUGUCUGCAAUGAUUUAGAUCGGCUCAACCGUAAUUUUUUCUGGGGUAGCAGUGAGAAGAAAUAUAAGAUCCAUCUUUGUCAAUGGGAUUUGGCUUGUAGGCCUAAAGGUAAAGGAGGUUUGGGGUUUAAAAAGACUGCUAGUAUGAAUCAGGCUCUACUUGCUAAGAUUGGGUGGAGAUUGCAUUCUAAGGACAGUGGUUUAUGGGCAAAAAUUUAUGAGGCUAAGUAUCUUAAAGGGGCUUCUAUUUUUGAUAUUUCUCUUGGAGCAAGGCAGGUUUGUUCCACUACUUGGAGGAGUGUUAUACAUGGUAUCCAAUUACUUAUGCAAGGGAUGUGUUGGAGAAUAGGUCGGGGAGACAGUGUAAAAUUUUGGGAGGAUAAUUGGGUUACUGAUGCCCCUUUAAUGCAGCUGGCUGGAGUUCUCACCAUCCCCGAUAGCAAUUGCCCUGUUUCAAGUUUCUCUAAGAAUGGCUGGUGGGACAUUGACAAGUUGAGAGGUGUUCUUUGUGAAGAUCUUGUUCAACAGUUUAUUCUUGGAGGUUGUUCUACCCCUGACUCCUGCUGGAAGUCCUUGUGGAGUUUAAAUGUUCCUCCUAAGUUGCAAUAUUUUAUGUGGCUGGCUUCUCAAGGCAAAAUCUUAUCAAAUGAUCAGCGUGUUCGAAGGCAGUUGGCGUCUGACCCUUCAUGUGGCUUUUGUUCUUGGCCUACUGAAACUGUCCUUCACAUUCUCCGUGAUUGUGAGCGUGCUCGAUCUACGUGGAAUGCUAUUCUCCCUGCCUGUGCUCGUCAUUUUUUCCAUUUAGAUGCUCAGCCUUGGAUGAAGGUCAAUAUGCUCUCUAGAGAGAAAUGGAAUGGUGAUGUUCCUUGGAGUACUGUUUUUGUGUUUACUUGUUGGCAUCUAUGGUGUUGGAGAAAUAAGCAUGUUUUUCAGAAUGAGGAUACAAUCAUUUUUAGUCCAAGGCAAGUUAUUUGUGGGGCUGCUCAGGAGUGGAUCAAGUCAACGUCUAAUCUCACUGUCAGGGUAAAUAAAGUUCAAAUUCAUGUUGCCUGGGAGCUUCCUGGUCCUGGACAGUUCAAGCUGAAUGUGGAUGGUUCAAGGAGAAGCGUUACUGGCUGCAUUGGUGCUGGGGGAGUCAUUCGUGACUCUUUUGGUGGCUGGGUAAGUGGUUUUGCUAUUAAUCUGGGAAAAGGUCAAGUUCUUGAGGCUGAGAUAUGGGGUCUCUUCUUUGGUUUGAAGUUAGCAAUUGAGAAAGGCAUCAGUAGUCUCAUUAUUGAGAUGGACUCAGCUAUUGCAGUCAAUCUCUGUCAGAUUUCUUCCAUGCUUUCUUUGCACCCUUUAGCUACUUUGGUUAGGAACUGCUGUGACCUUAUGCAACAGGUUCCCAGGUGUGCUCUUCAGCAUGUUUUUCGUGAGAAGAAUAUUGUUGCUGACCGGUUAGCGAAUUGGAGUUAUCAAGUGGAUCUUGGGCUAUGCGUGUUUGAGCAGGCUCCUAGUUGGUUGUGUAGUCUGUUCCUUGGGGCUUUGCCCCCUUUCUUAAAAAAAAAAAUGAAUGUGGUCGAUUAUGCCGGAGGCAUGCCAUUAGCUCUUAAGAUUUUGGGUUCCAUAUUCCUUCACUGCGACAACAAUGAAGACUGGAAAGAUGAAUGGAAUAAGUUGAAAAAAUUUCCCAACCAAGAUAUUGAGAAUAUGUUGAGACUAAGUUAUGAUGGAUUAGACAAAAAUGCAAAGGAGAUAUUUCUUGAUAUAGCAUGUUUCUAUAAAGGGAUGACAAUAGAUUUUGCUAAGGAAAUGAUAGAUAUAAGUGGUUUAUUUGCGGGUGGAAUUAAAGUUCUCAUUGAUAAGUCUCUCGUAUCAAUUUCAAGAUGGAACAGCCUAGAGAUGCAUGAUUUGGUUCAGGAAAUGGUGUUUUCAAAGGCAUGCCUUCGCGCGCGUCGGAGCGAGGCGGGAGGAAAACGCCCGAGGCGGUCGGCUGUUUCGCGAGUUGCACGUUUAGCACUGGUAAGGCGUGAGAAGGCGUUGCAAGGCGUGGCCAGGCGGAGGGAGGCGUUGCAAGGCGCACCAUAUCUAGAAACUUCUGAACAUGAAGAAAUUUUCAGCUAUGAAUCGAAAAGAUCCUGCGUGGAAGUAUGCAAAAGAAAUAGUGGAGGAAAAAGCAAGUCCUUAAGAGCGAUGCUUAUGGAUGAAGAUGAUGACAUAGAUAAAGAUCCUUCAACAUUUGAUAGUGGGAAAUAUUCUUUUCAUAUUGAUACAGUUGAUCAAUAUGAUAGUGAUGCUAGUUUGAAUGAUAUUAGUGUUGAGGAGUGGGAUGAAUCUAAGAUUGGAGAACCACACUUGGAUUGUGCAGACUUCAAAAAGAUGUCUAAUCUAUGUUCACUCAAUCUCGGCGAUUCUAGCUUUGGCAACUAUUGCCAAUUAAAAAAAAUCUUGUUGAGCUUCGAAUGCACGGCAGCAAAGUUGAGCAACUUUGGAAUAAAGACCAGGUUAGUGCAUCUCCCUCCCACCAUUUGUAAAUUGAAAUCUCUUCCCGAACUUGAUCUCACUGGUUGCUCUGAAUUUGAAGACUUCCCAGAAAUUUUGGAGCCUAUGAAAGACAUGAAGUUUCUUUCAUUAAAAGUAACAGCGGUUAAAGAGCUACUCUCAGCAAUUGAAUGUCUCUUCAGUCUCAUUAAAAUUGAACUGACAAAUUGCAAAAGGUUUACGAGUCUCCCAACAAGCAUUUGUAAGUUGAAAUCUCUUACACUUAAUCUCAGUGGGUGUUAUGAAUUUGAAGACUUCCCAGAAAUCUUGGAGCCUAUGAAAGAUAUGAAGAUUUUUUCAUUAAAGGGAACACCUGUUAAAGAGCUACCCUCAUCAAUUGAAUGUCUCUUCGGUCGCAUUAGAAUUGAACUGAAAAAUUGCAAAAGGCUUGCGAGUCUCCCAACGAGCAUUUGUAAGUUGAAAUCUCAUCAAGAACUUGAUCUUACUGGUUGCUCUGAAUUUGAAGACUACUCAGAAAUUUUGGAGCCUAUAUCUUCGUCAUUGCAAGAACCUUUAGUUUGUCCCAAAGAGCAUCUACAAUUUAAACCGUCUAAUUACUCUGAGCUAAGUGGAACCAUGAUUGAGAGCAUACCUGCAAACAUCAAACAAGUUUCUUGGCUAUUUUGCCUGUCCCUGAUCAAUUGCAAGAGCCUUCAAUCUUUACCAGAGCUCCCAUUAAAGCUAUAUUCUCUUAAAGCACAUGGCUGCACAUUGCUUAACAUAGUGUCAAGCCCAAGGACUGCACUCACACAUGGGUUGGAUGGAUAUAAUUUGUUUCCAGGGUUUAACCAGGAACUUAUUUUCUCUAAUUGCCUAAAAUUGGAUCAGAUUACAUGGAACCACAUAAUGGCGGAUGCACAACUUAGAAUUAUGCAUUUGGCAUUUGCCUCAUCAAAGUUUGACAAAUUUGAAGUAGCUUCAUAUGCAGAACUUUCCAAAGAAAUUGAAGUAGCAGCAGAUGUAGAACUUGAAGCAGAAUUUGAAGACGCAUCAGAUGUAGAAUUUUCCGAAGAAAUUGAAGUAGCAUCAGAUGUAGGAGAAAUUGAAGUCGCAUCAAAUAAAGCCUUCAGUUACCGUUGUAUGCCCAGGACAUGA